UAUAGAAAAGCAACCUGCCUGUACGCUAAGGUAACGCUUUAAAGCAACGGAAAUGCCUCGAUUUAAUGUUUCAGAUAUCCAAGAUCGAAUGUGGAUCGCCGCAACACAUCUGACAAUAUGAGCGGACGCCGAUGUUUCUCCGCGCUCCGAUGGUUUCAUCUUUGGUCCACAAUACCACUUGCUUCACUGACAUACGAGGACUGAGACGUAAAUAGCCGAUAGAGUCAAUAUCAAACCAAUCCACAAAUAUGAACAUUACGUUUCUUAACAAACGAAGGCUGGACUGUACGUGUGCGGUGCUGUUAUGGCUGCAUACGGCGAUGUGGAUGUGGUGUUCGGCAGCCGAAGACCAUCAUUUCAGCGUUGAGGCAUGGUUACAGAGGUAUGGCUACCUUCAUCAUACACAACCUAACAUGGCUGUUCUGAGAUCAGCUCAAACCAUGAAGUCUGCUAUUGCUGCUAUGCAGCGCAAGUAUGGACUCAACAUCACAGGGACUUUAGACAAGGACACUAUUGAUUGGAUGAAAAAACCCAGGUGUGGGGUACCAGACAAGUAUGAAAAUGUGUCUGGAUUGCGAAGGAGGAAGCGUUAUGCACUAACUGGACAGAAGUGGCAACGCACAUAUAUCACAUACAGCAUUAAAAAUGUCACUCCCAAAGUGGGUGCGCGAGAAACCCACGAGGCUAUUCGUCGGGCAUUCGAUGUGUGGCAAGGUGUCACGCCAUUACGGUUUGAAGCAGUGCCGUACAGCGCUCUGGAAAGCGGCAAACGUGAUGUGGACAUUACCAUUAUAUUUGCCUCAGGCUUUCACGGCGACAGCUCUCCCUUUGACGGAGAGGGUGGCUUCCUGGCACAUGCUUAUUUCCCAGGACCGGGCAUAGGGGGCGACACGCACUUCGAUUCGGACGAACCCUGGACGCUGGGCAACCCAAACCAUGAUGGUGAGAGAAUGGCAGGCAAUGACCUGUUUCUAGUGGCGGUACAUGAACUUGGUCAUGCCUUAGGACUGGAACAUUCAAAUGAUCCUACAGCUAUUAUGGCUCCGUUCUACCAGUACAUGGACACGGAUAGCUUCAAACUGCCUCAUGAUGAUCUACAGGGAAUACAGAAAAUAUAUGGUCCUCCAGAUAAAAACCCACAACCCACAAGAUUACUCACAACUGCCACGCCUCCCCGCCUGCACCCUCAGUCUGACCCUCGAAAACAUGACCGCCAGGGUCGCCCUCAUCGCCCCCCACAGAAGUCAAAACCUGCCCAUCCCAACUCCAAACCCAACAUCUGCGAUGGAGGUUUCAACACUCUGGCACUCCUACGGCAGGAGCUGUUUGUCUUCAAAGAUCAGUGGUUCUGGAGGGUAAGAGAUAAUUCUGUGGUGCCUGGAUACCCAAUGCAAAUUAGUUACUUCUGGAGAGGUCUGCCUCCUAAGAUCGAUGCAGUCUACGAAAACAGUGAAGGGAAGUUUGUCUUCUUCAAGGGGAACCGGUUUUGGGUGUUUAAAGACACCACUCUUCAGCCCACAUAUCCUCAGGACAUUACUCUUUUUGGCAGUGGAAUGCCCACACAGAGCAUUGAGACAGCAGUUUGGUGGGAAGAUGUGGCCAAAACGUACUUCUUUAAAGGGGAUAGGUACUGGAGGUACAGUGAGGAUAUGAGGACCAUGGACCCCGGCUAUCCAAAACCCAUCACUGUGUGGAAGGGCAUCCCAGAUUCGCCUCAGGGAGCAUUUGUGGAUAAAGCUAACGGCUUCACCUACUUUUACAAAGGAAAGGAAUAUUGGAAGUUCAACAAUCAGCGGCUGAGAGUGGAACCUGGUUACCCCCGCUCCAUCCUUCGGGAUUUUAUGGGCUGUGAUGGGCUACCGGCCGACCCAGACUGGGACUGGAUUCCCCCGCAGGAAGAGGAUCCACCGCAGUACGACCACGAUGAUGUGGAUAUUGUGCUGAAGCUGGAGAGCAGUGGCGGGACGGAGAAAGCGGUGGCCAUCGCCAUCCCCUGCGUCCUGGCCCUGUGCAUGAUGGUCCUGUUGUUCACCGUCUUUCGCUUCAAGAGGAAGGACACGCAGCGUCACAUACUGUACUGCAAGCGCUCAAUGCAGGAAUGGGUCUGAGACAUGGACUUUCUGCUCAUAAAACGGUUUCUUGAAAAACCUCAAGAGGUGUGGGGUUUGAGUAAUCGACAAACUUAGGUGUUGAGUGUUUGCGCUGACACGGACAACAUGAACGAAUAACGUUCCUACACGUGGCAAUGUGUAAUUUUGUAUGGUUUUGGACCUUCGGCUUUGGGCGUCCAUUUUGGUUGUCGAAAUCCUCUGCAGGAGUAAACUGUUACUCUACAAACCAUACUGUACUUUUCAACUGACUAGAGAAUUAUAUCAUGUGAGGUGUCACUCUGAAAAAACUUGCUUGUGUUGAAAAACUGAUACCCAAACCAAAUAUGCCCUUAGUGUCCAAAGAGGAUCGCUUCGUUGACGUGGAUAUUCUGAGAUGACUGGCUUCUUGAUCAUCCUUUGAGUUUCAUUCAGCUACAUUCACCUUAAAAAAAACAUGAUCCAUCUCGGAAAUCAGAAUGACCGUGUCAAAGUAAAUAUAACAUUGGGGCUACCUGCAAUAUUUUGUUGAAUGCCUUAAUCACAUGCAGAGUUUAUUUUUGUGUGUAUAAGUGUACGUGUGAAUGUGACUCUUUCCUUCAUCUUUGGUGGUGUUUUUUGCUCAUCAUUGCUCUUUUGAUUCAUGGCUGACUGAAAAUUGCAGUAAGUUUGCAGUAGGUGCCACUGACUGUUUAAAAUUUUGAUUGAAACUCAGAUUCAAAGAAUACACAGCUGCUCAUCACAUUCGCACUACUCCACAAUCCAAAACUGCAGCAUUGAAAUUGCAGCAUUAAAAUGAUCUUUAGCAAAAAAUACCUUAUUAAUCUUCUUGAUACUCUCAAGAAUUAAUGGAAUAUCUAAGAAUUAUAUAAAAGAAAACUGAUAUUAGCUUAGUUUGCGAUGCAAUAUUUAGACUAGAUUUGCAUUAAAGGGCCGGUGCUUGCAAUGCAAAAAUAGAAUAGUUGGUAUAGUAGGUUCUGUGUGAAUGAAAUGCAACAUCAGAACUGCUAAGCUGUCAUCAUGCAGCGCAGCGUCUUGUUUUUCUUCUAUCUGCGGUGCAUAAGAAAAAGCUCAGAGUGAUGCUGUCAUGCACAGUGAAUAUAAAUGGUUUAAUACAAAUACGCCAGACUGACAAUAACGGUUGUGAUGUUUCAGGCUUUAAAUUAAAAAAAGUUAAAUUAAAUAUGGUGUCUGCCUUAUUUAAAGCAGGUUAGAAUGGGCCAAUUGCAAUUUAGAACUCAUUGUCAAUUGCAAGUUGACUGUCAACUAAUAUAAAAGUUUAAAACAAAGUGAUUUUUUAAUGGUUUUUUUAAUUCAAAUGGUUUAAGAGUUUUUGAAACAUUGCCACCUUGCAAGCACUGACCCAGCGUUUACCAGAUAAAGGCAAUACAUGAGUCCUUUAUACAUGCUGUUAUAAGUGUUAUAAGCUCUGUUGGCAUGGGUUUGGGUAUAAUAGAAUUUGUUGCACAUCUGCAAUCCGAACAAUAUCCUGCUUAUUUCUGAUUAAACAUGCUGUGAGCAUGAUCAUUCUCAACAGAGUGUAUCUAACACUGAAUGCUGUUCGAUUUUUCUUUUGACUGUCUCUUUGACGUGCAGUAUUGUGUUAUCGUCUUAUGCCUAUUCUCAUGUUUUUAUGAACUGAUUUCGUUUCUAAAGUGUAUAAUGGACUACCAUACCAUCAGCAUCAACUCUCUUCCAGUCAUAAGACGUGCUCAUUGAUCUGUAACCUGUUGUUUUCAUCAUUUACAGAAGGACCUCCUCGCGUUUCAAGGUCUCUUGAGUAUUGGAUGUGUAUCUGAACAUGCUGUAUAUAUCUCAUAUAGUGUCUUUAUUAUAGACACGAAAGGCAAAUUAUGCAGUACACCAAUAAUAAGAUAUUACCUAUUAUCACAUGUGGUGCGUGAAUCAUUCUUGUGAACUGACAUUUUAAUUAAAUGUAACAGGAAACCAUGAAUCAUUAACAUGUAGUUUAAAGCUGAAAUCCAUGAAAUCAGGUUGUUUGGACGAUACGA